AUGUUGACCGCGCGCAACCUUUGCUUCUUUCUCGGGGCGUUGGUGGUCGUGGUCGUCUUCUACUCAUCGACGUCUUUGCCAUCAUCGACUGCUGUGCCUGCUGCAAAGCAGCCUUAUACAUUCCCUUCGACGCCCGCACAAGAUGAGCAGAAGCAACAGACUGGUGGUCAACUACCUGAGGACUUCGGCCUGCCGACAGACACUGGGACUCCUUACAGCGCCAAUCCACUGCCCGUCGCUGGCGAUGCACCGCCGGAGGUACCUGCAGCAGAACCUGCAGCGCCAAUACAAAGUCAUGGGGAAUUCAAUGAAAUGAAGUUUAGUUUCCAAGAUGACCUGAAAUUUGCAAAUCCUGACUGGGACGUCCAUCACCUGAAGAAGUACAAACCUCACAACUACGAAGGUGCCGGCCGGCCAACCAUUGCGACAUACCUGUCGACCAGAAAUGGCACGCUACACGAUCCGUACUUCCAGGCCGCUCAACAACUCGUCUAUCGCGUUCUCUGGGAUCCCCGGUCCAGGUCGAAGAAGUAUCCGCUGACAGUCUUUGUCGCACCUUUCAUCGAGCAGGAAAAGCGCGACAUCCUCACGGCAGCUGGGGCCAUAGUCAAGGAACUCGAGCUUGUCGACUGGCAGCCGACGGUGGACAUCUGGGGUCGGUGGAAGGAUCUGUUCUCGAAAUUGAACAUCUGGGGUGAAACCGAGUUCAGCCGCGUGCUCUUCCUCGAUCUCGACGCCUUCCCUGUGCAGAACAUCGACGACAUCUUCGACCUAGCCGAGCGACAGAAGUGCAGGAAAGAGCUGUUGCCGGUGGAGGACGAGGCACGCGUUGGUGAGCUGUGCGACUACGUCUUCGCAGGAACCGAGAUUUCCGAUUCGAAGGAAAUCAACGUCGGCGUGAUGGUCCUGGAGCCGAACAAGGCGAUGCAACAGCGACUGUUGCGAGAGGCCAAGCACACCGAGAACUUCGACAACGGCAUGGCGGAGCAGGCGUUCCUGAAUUACGUCUUUGGGCAGAACAGCGCUUUCCCCACGCAGCUCCUCGAUCGCGAGUGGAAUGGUUUCUUUCCCCAGGAAGAGGAGGAAGGAUAUCUCAAGAUAAUACACGAGAAGUUGUGGUCGAUGAAUGAUCAUUGGGCCCAGAAUUACUUUUCGGAUACAUGGAGGGAGAUGUUGUUAAUGUACGAGGGGAAGGAAUUCCUCAGUCGAAGAAGAUGGGAUGGAGAGAGGGAGUUUGAAUGA